AUGGACUCCAAGUGUGCGGUUCAGCUUCUUCUUCGACGUGAUGGUGACGUUAACCGUCACUCAGCGGUGCUCCGUCGUUUCCAGGCACUCUUGAGCAGAGACUGGCAGGUUGUGAUUUCUCACAUCUAUAGGGAGGGGAACUAUUGUGCUGAUUACAUUGCCAGUAGAGGCCAUUCUAUGUCCUUUGGUUUACAUGAGUUCCCCAUUACUGAUCCUUCCUUGUGUAAUUGGAUUUUGUAUGACGUUCAGGGGAUUUCGGAACCCCGCUUGGUUGUGAAUGAAAGUUAG